ACGCUUUUCACGCUGCUGCAGCAGCAGUAUUGCAUUGGCUCCGACGUUGAAAAGCAUGCCGAUCACUGCAUUGGCUGCUAUUCUAUGGGCCUAGCGCCCCGUGCACCGCCGGCAUCGAAAAGACUCGUGCUGCUGCUGCAUCGUUUGGGCUGGAAGUCUCGUCCGCUGUAUUCUGCGUGCGAUGCCGCCAUGUCUUGCUCUCCCGCCGCCGAAGACACUUGGGGACCGGUGGUGUCGCGCGACUGUCUGGGCGGCUUCGACUUCACCCUCCUCUUCGAAGAGGCCAUCUUGACUCUUGCUCCGCUGGCCAUUGCCGCUGCGUGGGCGGUGUGGAGGCUGCUCCGUCUCCGACAUGAACGCGUCCUGAUCCGCGGGUCGUGGUUGCUGCCAUGCAAGCUGAUGACCUAUCUGGCCUACGCCGCCGUCCAGAUCACGCUCCUCGUCUUGGCGUCGCCCGAUGCCGUCCCCAAAACACGACUGACGGUGGCAUGCCUGUCGCUCCUGCUGGCCGGCACCGUCCUGCUGGCACUGACUUCCACUCUCGAGCAUCGUCGCGCCUUCCGCCCUUCCACGACCCUCGUGCUGUACUUGGGCCUCGCCCUCAUUCUCGACCUCGCACGCACCCGCACCCUGUUCUUCACCACGCAAGGAAGGACCAUCGCCUGGGUGAAUGCGGGGGGCUUGCUGGCGAAGGUAUGUACAUUCGCCCUCGAGAAUGUCGAAAAGCGUUCGAUGCUGCGGCAUGGAGCCCGACCUCCAUCGCCCGAGGCAGCAAGUGGCGUGGUGAAUCGUGCGACCUUUCUAUGGCUCAAUGCCGUCUUCGCCAAGGGCUAUCGCACCAUGCUGACCACCAACACGCUUCCUCCGCUCGACGAUGACCUUCUCGCAGCUUCUCGACCAGCCGAAUUGAAGCAGAAAUGGGCACAAGUCACCAAGUCCGAGCAUCGUCUCUUGUGCCUGUUCAUCACACACUACAAGUGGCCCGCUCUGGCCGGCGUGCUCCCUCGUCUCGCAUCUGCGGCCUUCACCUUUGUCCAGCCCUACCUCAUCCAGCGAGUCCUGGACUUCACCUCGACGUCUGAUCGCCAAGACAAUCGCACGACUGCGUAUGGGCUCAUCGGCGCAUAUGCAAUUGUUCUUGUCGGCAUAGCUGUGACCAACGCCGUCUAUCAGCAGAAGACCUACAGAUUAAUCACCCUCUAUCGUGGUAGCCUCGUGGCUCUGAUCUUUGACAAAACCCUUCGCAUGCCGACGGCUCAUCUCGACAAUGCCGAGGCCGUGACUCUGAUGAGUGCAGAUAUCGAUCGAAUCACGAGCAGUAUGCACGUCCUUCACGAACUCUACGCCAGCUUCAUCGAAGCUGGCCUGGGUCUCUGGCUCCUGUAUGAUUUCCUGGGACUCGCCAUGGUGCCUGCGGUGGCGUGGAUGGGUGCUUGUGUGUUCGCGGGUAUUCCCAUCGCAAGAGCCUCCGGUAACGCACAGGUACCAUGGCUUGAAGCAAUAGAGGCUCGGUUGGCUGCAACAGCCAAGACCCUUUCUUCCAUCAAAUUCAUCAAGAUGAUAGGAAUGGUCGAAUUUGCUUCAAAACAGUUGGCAUGGCUCAGAGUUGCAGAAAUCCGGGCUUCGCGACGCCACCGCAUCUUGAACAUCUUCGUUUUCAUGUCCACUUUUAUGUACUUGGCCAUAGCUCCAGUAUGGGGCUUCCUAGCAUAUAUACUCAUUGCACAAUCAGACACUCCGGAACGCACGCUGACAGAGGGCGUCGCCUUCGGCGCUUUGAGUAUUUUCGAAUUACUUCAACAGCCUGUGCAGUACGCCGUGGACGGAAUGGAAGACAUCCAAACGAUUGUCAACUCGUUCCGACGAAUUCAAGAGUACCUCAUGUCACCAGAACGCCUGGAUACACGGGCCGUGUUGUCCCCAAAAUCCACUUGCCCUUCAACGCGAUCAGAUGAACACAAAGCAGAUCUCGGCAUGCACGUAAACGCCUACAGGGUAGAAAGUGCAUCAGUCCGAUAUGAAAAUGAUGACCGCGAUGUGCUUCACGAGCUCACGUUCUCAGUUCCGCAGAACCGAAUGACAAUUAUAUACGGCCCAGUGGGAAGUGGGAAAUCCACUUUGCUUAAGCUUCUGCUCGGCGAACUGCCUGUCACAUCGGGAGAGAUCGAAGCGGCGUUCCCACAGGCUGCAUAUUGCUCUCAGAAAGGGUGGUGCAGCUGGGGCACAAUUCAGAACAACAUCGUUGGAAAAUCUGACUGGGAUAGAGAGUGGUACCUCAAAGUCAUCUCAGCAUGUGCUUUGGUUGCCGACUUCCAAGAACUGCGCAUGGGCGAUCAGACUCCAAUCGGUGCGAAAGGUUCCCAAGUCAGUGGUGGUCAACAAGCCCGUGUCUCGCUCGCACGUGCCAUCUAUUCUCGGAAUCGGUGCGUGCUGCUGGACGGUGUGCUUACAGGUCUUGAUCCUGCCACCGAACAGCACAUCUUGCGCGAGGUCUUCGGCAAAAAGGGCAUUUUGACCCAGUUCGAGACCACGGUGGUCUUUGCCACCUCAUCCGCUCAUCAUCUGUGCCUCGCAGAUCACAUUAUUCACUUGGACAUGAGCGGAUGCAUGGUCAAAGGUGGCUCUACAGCCGAGGAUGACACUGUCUAUGGAGAGAAAUCGGCGCCAACGAACCCACAUGCAGAGCUGUCGUCGGACCGUGAAUUGGAGGAUGAAUUCAGUAAUGCCGAGCGGGACUUGGACUUACUCCUCGACCCAGAGCCCGAGAAACAUCGUCACAAGGGCGAUUUGCGGGUCUGGUAUUACUAUGUGCGGAUGGCGGGAUGGCCAAUGACUAUUGUCUAUCUUUCCGCGUGUGCUGUCCUUGUCUUCGGCAUCACUUUUCCAUCAAUCUGGCUCCAAUGGUGGACCAAUGCAAAUGCCACCAGCCCCAAUCAAAACAUCGGAUAUUGGCUUGGCAUAUUCGCCACUUUGGGGGUGUUGGCCCUCAUGGGGUGUGCAGUGGCGGAUUCAACAUUCAACCUGAUCGUGCUCCCAACGACAUCAAGGAAGUUCCACGAGGUACUGUUGACAACAACCAUGAACGCUCCAGUGACCUUUCACACCUCGACCGAUGCUGGAACCACUUUGAAUCGAUUCAGUCAGGACUUGGAAUUGAUCGACAACGACCUCCCACAGGCUAUCAACCAAUUUGUAUUUCAAUUCCUAUCUACAAUCGCAUCCGCGAUCUUUGUGUUCAUGGGCUCCGGAUACAUCGCCGCUGCUAUUCCGGUCUGCUUCGUGGUGCUCAUUUUAAUUGCGCUCUUCUAUCUCCGGACAUCCAGGCAGUUAAGACUACUGGACAUUGAAGCCAAAGCACCUCUGUUCUCGCAUUUCCUCGAAACGAUCAACGGCCUUGAAUCAAUUCGCGCAUACGCUUGGACAGCCGAGUACAGCGAGCGGAAUCGCAAGGCCAUCGAUCUCUCUCAGCGUCCGUAUUACCUCCUGUUUUGUGUUCAGCAAUGGCUCACCUUGGUGCUGGAUCUAUUUAACGCCGGCCUCGCAGUCAUGCUAGUAGGAAUCGCAACGACGAUACGCAAUGCAUCAACAGCAUUCCUUGGCGUCGCGCUAUUCAACAUCGUCAUCUUCUCUUCAACAUUGCAGAGUUUGGUAACCGAAUGGACCCAAGUCGAGCAAGCUCUCGGCGCCAUCAACAGAAUUCAAGCGUAUGAGCGCAAUGUCGGAAGCGAGCAUUGUCCCAGCGAGAAAAGCAGUCCACCCCAAAACUGGCCCACCAACGGCUCCAUCAACUGCACAAAUCUCACAGCAUCUUAUGGUCCAGACAACCCGCCUGUCCUCCAUAAUCUCACAUUGCACAUCCCCUCGGGCCAAAAAGUGGCCAUUUGUGGCCGCACUGGCAGCGGCAAAUCUUCUCUCAUCGCAACUCUCCUCCGCAUCACAGAAAUCUCAUCGGGAACUCUGACAAUCGAUGACAUCGACAUCUCGUCCCUCCCUCGCGAAGAUAUCAGAAGAACGCUUAACGUCCUACCCCAAGAACCUUUUUUCUUUCAAGGUUCCGUGCGCGAAAAUCUUCAUCCGAUGGGCCAAGCGACUGAUGAGCGGUGUAUUCAGAUUUUGCAAAAGGUUCACCUAUGGCGUGAGCAUUUUGCUGCUGCUGCGCGUAGCAGCAGCGAUGGCGAAGGCGAUGGUGAUGGUGAUCAUAAUGGCCACGACCAUGAUGGUGGUGAAAAUGGUAAUGGUACUGCUGGGCUCGACGCCAAAAUACAAGACCACCAGCUCUCCUUCGGACAACGUCGACUGUUCUGCCUCGGACGCGCAUUGAUCAAAUCUUGCAGCAGCAACAUCAUUCUUUUGGAUGAACCUACGAGUGGUCUCGAUGAGCAAACGGCCGCUGUUGUUAAUGCUGUGAUUCGCGAGGAGUUUGCUGACAAGACGGUUGUUGUUGUGGCGCAUCGGCUUGAUGAGGUGGUGGAUUUUGAUCUGGUGGUUGUUUUGGCUAAUGGGAGAGUUGUGGAAACGGGACGGCCGAGGGAGUUGUUGGAACGAGAUGAUGGGGGAUCUUCUGAGGGGUUUCGGAGGCUUUGGGAGGCGCAAAGGGAGGGGUCGUCGUAG